AUGCGAAAAGCCAUCCGGGAAACUUAUGGAUCAAUAUCACGUGACAGAAUUGCAACCGUACACGGUCUAAAAAUAGAACAUAUUGUUAGACUGGUUUUCGUGGUUGGAAGAUGUUGUAACGAUACUUUCGAAGCAAUGAUUGACAUAGAAAAUAUGAAGUAUAAGGAUAUGUUGAAAGUAGAUGUGGUUGAUUCAUAUCAAAAUCUCACAAGGAAGUUGCUACAUGCUUUCAAAUGGAUAAAUUUGUAUUGUAAAGAUGUGACGUAUGUACUUAAAGCUGAUGAAGAUGUGUUUGUAAAUAUCGGAAUGUUAUUGAAACAAUUAAAUUUUGAAAAACCUUAUCAUAAGGGAAACAUUUUUGGACACAUUUUCGAUACUGACGAACAUCUAGAAGUGAAAAGGACUAAAACAAAGUGGGGAGUAAACUUAAUGGAGUAUCCGCUUGACAGGUAUCCUCCGUAUGCCCAAGGAACGUCGUACACCCUGACAAAAAAUCUUAUUCCAAAAAUAGUUGCGACUUCACAACUUCUGCCAUAUUUACAUAUAGAAGACGUGUUUAUAACUGGAAUUGUUGCUAGUAAAAUACAUGGUGCGAGGCUGGUGCAUUUAAAAGGAACAUCUAACUGGGGCGACCGGAAGCCUGUUCCGUGCCAAUUUGUAGAUACAGGACGUAUAGCUCAGACAACAAUGACAUCUAGGUUAAUGUACGCCACAUGGGAAGCUUUGCAGUCAUAUAAUGAUACAUGUAGGGCAACGGUUCAGCCAAAUGUCACUUUAAACUUAUGA